UAGAUAGAUAUAGCAUUUACUAAUAUUUCAAUUUUUUUAUCCUUGGUUUCCUUAAAAAAAAACCUAUAUUCCACCAUCAAAAGAUUAAUUCCUUUGGCUUACCUUGAGUAAAAAAAAUAAUAAUAAUAAUCCAGUUCUGUCCAAAUAAUCCAAUAUCAAUUUUAGGCUAUGUUACAUAUUAACCACUCCAGGAGAGAUUUCAAUUUUUUUUUUUCAUAAUCUUCAGUUUUUAACUCACAUAUUCCAGGGGAAAAAAAAAAAUCAACACAUAGCCCCCUUAUUUUUAUUUUAAAAUAACACAUGAAGAAAAAAAAACCUUCUUUUUAGGAUGGAAAUUAUUUCAUUCUAAGCCGCCCUUGGGGGCUUCGAAAAUGGGAAUUUGCUCCAGGAAAAUCACACACACACCUUCCACCGCCCUGUUAUCUCAAGUAUUCCUGAUACACUUCAUUGAAAGCUGUACUUCUCCUCCUUUUCAUCCUCCUCCUCUUCUUCCUCCUCCUCCUCCACCUUCUUCUUUCUUUCUCUCCCUCUUUCUAUAUUACCUCCAAGAUGGUAGGAAAGUUGUUGUUUUGGAGGGCAGAGAAGCGGCUCUCUGGUGUUAUGUCCUCUCAGUGCCUGUAGUGGUGCUGUAGGAGGCUGCUCGGCUCUCUUCUCGAGCAGCCCCAACAGCCCUGCCUUCUUUGCCGGAGAAUAUAUUCAGGGAUUCCCCUUAAUAAUCACCUACCCUCUGAGCACUUUGUAGUUUUUAAAUACAAUAAAAAAAGAGAGCUCCCCCGUUCAAAGCUUUCCGCCUCUUCUAAAAAGGAAUCUUUUUUCUCCUCAGGAGCCAGCGGGGCAGCGGCGGCAGCGGCUCCUCAGCGCUGAAGCAGCCCUCCGAGCCCCAUUUCCCCGGUCCCUCUGCUGGGGAAGGAAACUCCGGUCUUGUCAGCCCAACAGAGGGGAAAAGGGGGGAGAGGAGAGCGGAAAAAAAAAAGGCAGCUGGAAAGACAAUCUAUUUCAUCUUGACUCAUCAUCAUUCCAAGAUAGUGGCAUCCCUGGGGCUCUCUGCUAAUGUUAAUAUGGUACAGAAGAUUUAAAAUUAGCUGAUGUUCACAAGAAGAAGAGUCACGUGAUGUAUGAAGGCAAACAUAUACACUUUUCUGAGGUUGACAAUAAGCCGUUGUGCUCCUACAGCCCCAAACUGUGUAAGCAGAGACGUUUAAAUGGCUACGCCUUCUGUAUCAGGCAUGUUCUGGAGGAUAAGACCGCCCCUUUCAAGCAAUGUGAAUAUGUGGCGAAGUACAAUAGCCAACGCUGCACCAACCCCAUCCCUAAAUCUGAGGACCGUAGGUAUUGCAAUAGUCACCUACAAGUUCUUGGCUUUUUACCGAAAAAGGAGAGGAAGAAAAAGAACGAUCCAACAGAAGAGGUAAAAGUCCGGCAUCAGAUGGAUUCAAUAGCCUUCAGCCUGACAGUUCCUCCCCUGGCUUUGAAGAUGUCCAAUGGCCUGGUUGGGAUGUCCCUCUCUCCACCAGGGGCCCGGCUUCCUCUCCACUACUUGGAAGCAGAAUUGGAAGACCCCUUUGCUUUCAACGAGGAAGACGAAGAGCUCAAGAAAGGGACAGCUGUGAAGAAAAAGUUGCAGAGCAAAUUAGCCCAAAACCGUCAACGCCAGAAAGAAACUGAGAUUCAGAAAGUUCGCCAAGAGCACUUUAGCCCCGCCCCUGCACCUUCGCAGCAGCCGCCUUUGCAACCACAGCAACACGCCCAUCUCUCACCUCUCCCAACGUCUUUAAAGCCAGCAGUGCAUCCGCAGGGCUUGGUCUGCAAGUCACCUCAACCUCAGAAUACCAGCCUACCAAUGCAGGGAGGGGCGCCCACCACGCACGCGAUAGCACAAGCCAGGCAAUCGGCCAACAAAAGACCUCUGCCUCUCUUGCACCCUACUAAGGUUCACGCCCCAGAUCCACCCAGGGCUGACAGGAUCCUCAUGAAAGCCACAGCCUUCUCCCCAUACUCAUUCUGUAGGAGCCGGUUACAGAGACUGGUGAAACUGUGCACUCAAAAGCAUCAGCUGGAUGCUGAUCUCUUUCCACAUUUAGGGUUGGACUGGUCUGAAGAUAGUGGAGAAGAACUGGAAGAAUUAGAUCAAACCUCUCCAUACCAAGUUGCAUGGUCUAUCCGGGACGCCCUUAGAUACGAAAGGAAUGAGCCUGAUGAUGAUUAUGCCAGUGGCAGAAGAACCCGCAUUUCCCAACUUUGCACUUACUUUCAGCAGAAAUACAAGCACCUCUGCCGCCUGGAGCGGGCAGAAACUCAACAAAGGAAAUGCCAACAUACAUUCCGGAAAGCAUUGCUGCGGGCAGCAAACAGAGAACCGGAAUAUGCUGGGCAGCUGAUUCGAGAACUCCAUAGAGCUUCACGUCCUCGGACCAGCUCAAGCCAAGUGAAGCAGAGGGAUGCAUCACCAUGCGGUGGAACCACAAAGGGUGAACCAUGCACUAACAAGGCUCUUCCAUUCACUAAACAUUGUUUUCAACAUAUCCUCUUGAAUCGAUCGCAGCAACUUUUUUCAAGUUGUACAGCUAGGUUUGCUGAUGGACAGCAAUGCUCUGUGCCCGUUUUUGACAUUACACAUCAGACCCCCUUAUGUGAAGAACAUGCCAAAAAAAUGGAUAACUUCUUGAGAGGAGACAGCUGUCGUAAAAUUCAACACCAGCAGCAGAAGAAACCCAGGAAAAAAACGAAGCCCCCGGCGCUUACCAAAAAACACAAGAAAAAGAGACGACGGGGGCCACGGCGCCCCCAAAAGCCAAUCCCUCCUGCUGUACCCCAAGGAAACCUUAUUAUGCCCACCAGCAUCUCACUGCCAAUGGAGAUAGCUCAUAUACGGAGUCCCUCCACACCAGAGCUGAGUACAGAUGAGCUGCCAGAUGACAUUGCCAAUGAAAUCACAGACAUUCCACAUGACCUGGAAUUGAAUCAGGAGGACUUCUCUGACGUCCUACCACGACUGCCUGAUGACUUGCAAGAUUUUGAUUUCUUUGAAGGUAAAAAUGGAGACCUCCUCCCUACCACCGAAGAGGCAGAGGAACUGGAACGGGCCUUGCAGGCUGUAACUUCUCUUGAGUGCCUGAGCACUAUUGGUGUGCUCACUCAAACAGAUGGUGUACCAGUUCAGGAACUAUCAGACAGAGGAAUAGGGGUGUUUUCCCCAGGUGCUGAAUCUUCAGGAAUUCAAUCUUUGAGCCGAGAAGUCAAUGCAGAUCUAGGUGAGCUGCUGAAUGGGCGCAUAGUACACGAUGACAAUUUCUCUGGCCUGGAUCUCGAUGAGAACUUGCUCCAUUCUGCUACCUUAUCCAACCCGUCUACGCCCCUGGCAGGGCAGAUUCAGGGGCAAUUCUCUGCCCCAGCCAACGUUGGCCUUACUUCGGCUACUCUGAUAAGCCAGAGUGCGCUUGGGGAGAGAGCCUUCCCGGGACAGUUUCAAGGACUUCACGAUGGCAGCCAUGCCUCCCAGAGGCCACACCCUGCCCAGCUGCUAAGCAAGGCAGAUGACCUAAUCACCUCACGACAGCAAUACAGCAGUGACCAUUCACACUCCUCACCCCAUGGAAGCCAUUAUGACAGUGAGCAUGUGCCAUCACCUUACAGUGACCAUUUAAGGUCCCCCAGCUCCACCUCUUAUUCUAGCGAUAAUUUGGCAGCUACUUUCUCCACUGAGAUGCCCAUCAUAGCACAGCAUCUGCUCCCGUCGCAACUGGAGGUGCCGCUUAGCGGGGUGGUGAACCCCAGAACUCACUGGGGGAGUCUCCCUGUAAACCUCGGCGACCCUUCUCCCUUUAGUAACCUGCUCGGUGCCGAUGGACACCUCCUCUCCACUUCCCUGUCCACACCGCCUACCACGUCGCACUCAGAGACCACCCAGCCGGCCUUCGCCACCGUGACCCCCAACAGCUCCAGCGUGCUCCCGGGGUUACCGCAGACCAGUUUCAGUGGCAUGGGCGCUGCGUCUUCUGAACUCAUGGCCUCCACUUCUCCUAAGCAGCAGCUCCCGCAGUUCAGUGCCGCCUUUGGCCACCAACUAAGCUCCCACAGCGGCAUCCCCAAGGACCUGCAGCCCAGCCACAGUUCCAUAGCUCCUCCCACUGGCUUUGCGGUAACAGGUGCCACAGCUACAAGUACCAAUAAUGCAUCGGCUCCCUUCACCACCUCCAGCUGAGUUUGCCUGCCUGCGAAUGACAGGCAGCGUGGGUACCUUACAUAACCAUCAUUGCAUCCUCCACCACCACCACCUUUUCUCGUCCUGGUUUUUGUCACCCCCUUCUUUUUAAAGACUUUUUUUUUAAUUUAAAACAAAAAAAAGAGGGGCAAACGUCCUGAUUCAGUACAGACCAGAGUUUUCCCGUUAAGCUCUGCUCUAAUUAUCCUAUGUGCUGUUCAUGUAUUGGUGCUCAUCUAUUUCUGGCAGGUUGCUGUACUUACCCAGUUAAUACUCAGCUAGGGGAAUACAGCACAGAUACUGGAUGUCAUUGAUUUUAGUCAAAAGGAAGGUGUAAGGUGUAUGUAAUUGACCUUAGAAUCAGAAAUGAGAAGAUACCUCAAAUAAAACAAAUUGCAAGUUCCUAAGGUUCAGAUUGGACCGUCAGUCCCGCUGGCAUCUGGGGAAGGAGAAGGAAAUUGCUUUAUUUUUUGAAGGUGUGGGUGGGAUGAAAGUCAGCCUUUUAAAUUUGAUAACUGGGCACUAUAGAAUUAAGACAAGACCAUAAUCCAGUUGUUAAUUUUGUCAGCUUAACAAGUGGGUUCUUGACCUGUGAGUUUAGAGGUGUGUUUGUAUGUGUAAGUAUAUAGAUGGAUAAAUGGCAAUUCUUUUCUUUGUUGUCUUGAAGAAGCUCCUCAAACUAGUGACUGUUCAUACUAAGAUUGAAUGAGAAUAUAUAUAUAUAUAUAUAUAUAUAUAUAUAUAUAUAUAUAUAUAUAUAUAUAUAUAUAUAUAUAUAUAUUCAUUCAUUCAUUUGAGUCUAUUAAAUAGAUUGAAGAUUGUUUGAGUAAAUCCGAUUGUACUUUUCUAGUAUUACAUCAUCAUAAUUUCUCCCAAUCUUCUCAUAAUCCAGCUGAAGUAUUGAGGAUCUGUUUUGUUCUGUUCUGUUGUGUUUUGUUUCCCCACCCCUCCCCCAAUCAAAUCUAUAUACGUUAGAACUGGUGGAAUUAUUUUGCAUCAUAAUUGCCAGCUAGAGAUAUUUAAGACCCCCUUAAAUUUUCUACAGCAGUAGAGAACCUUCAAUUGUACUCCAUUUCUAUUUUACAAACAGGUUGGUAUAUUUUGGGAAAUCAGGCAUGGGAAAGAACCAACAUUCUACACUGCUGAAGUUUUUUUAAAAAAAAAAUUACACAAGGCAUUCUUUUGCUUUUUAUCAUUGCUUUCCACUAAUGUUGGAUUGUUUUUAAGAACAGGUAUUCUGUUUGUGUGUUUCAUGCUCUUAAUGCUGAAAACAUGCAACUAUCCAACUGUAAGGAAUCUGUCAGCAUAAGGCUGCCUUCUCCAUGAAAUGCUAUUUAUCAAUCACAUUCAUCCUCAUACCUACUUCUACCCCACGCUAUUAACACUUUGUAUUUCUGAUUUUUGCUUCUUCAAAAAAUGAAAUUAGAUUAUGCAUUUUACUUGUCAUGAACUCAGAUUCUUUUCAGUGGAAAUAAUCCUUUCUAUCUGGAGUUCCCUCCUACCUUCAUUGGGGGGGACAUGGAAACAAUGGCAUGCCAUUCUUAAGAACAGCCUUUGUUAUAUGUUCUGGCCGAAGGUUUAAACUGUACAUAAUUGCAUCUAAUUUUAUAAUAUAUUUUUUAAAAAAAAAUUGAAGAGAAAGCACACUUUAGUAUGUUGUUUUUAUUGGUUCUAGAUUAGGAACAGAAGCUAUGAUUUUUCUUUUGAGAGUGAAUCAGCUAUUUCCCACAACAUAUUUGGAAUCCACUUUCUCUUGUGCUCACGUGUAAAAUCUGACACAGAUCCUUUUGCUCUCAAACUUUUUGAGGAAAGAGUUUUUUCCAGGAAUUGCCUGUUGAUAAUUAGAAUUAUUGCCUUCUUUUAAAAAAAAAUCUGUGCUGCUUAUUAUUCUGAAAAGAUCAGGGAGUUAGGAGUUUGCCCUUGAAAAAAAAAAUAAUUACAUAGCUGAAAACACAUUUGUGCUUUGAAUUUUGUGAACUCUUCCCUCUUUCCCUGCAUUGAAAUUGACUUGUAUAAUAAACAUCUAAGUGUGAUUAAAAAUACAUUUGUAAUGUAAAUCCUUUGAGUCCUAUGAAGGAGCUGAAGUAAACCUUCCUUAUUUUAGUGCAUAGGGACACAAGGCACAAUUCUCAGAAUGCAAUCGCUCCCCUCCAGGCCUUGUGUUUUGAACAAAGUUUAAUUCCCCUUCUCCCCUACUUUUCACAAAAUCUGAAGAAGUGAAAUUAUUUCCUCUUGUUUGGGGGUAUGAUAAAACGCUGAUCAAUGCCAGUUGGUUGCCUUCUUCCCCAUAUCUGAAAACGUAGCAGGAUUGCCAGGAUCCAAUGAAGGGGGGGUCUCUAGCACACCCUCCCCCCCCCCCGCCCCAACAUCAUCCUCUUAAAAAGUUGCUUUUAAAAGUCAAAAGGAGAGCAGCAUCUAAGGCCAUAAUGUGGUCGGUGGAAAUUGGCCCAUUGAAUUCUUUCCCUACCAUCCUCGCUGCCUUUAAUAAACAAAGCUAACUAACACUGUUCUGGGACCCCUGAUGAUCAUUAUUCUGAAUAUAACCGAGGGGCUGUUUUGGGGUCAAUUGUAUUACCUAUUAGGAUAGCAAUGAAUGAUCCCACCUUUCCUCACACAUACAAAGUUUGCAUUUGUAUUCUUUCCCAGUUCAUGGGCAAGGAUGAAUCCAGUCCGUUUUUGUUUCCGUUUUUGAACAUCCACAACUUCUUCCCCCCGCAACUAAGGUUAUUUGUUGAUGCUGAACUUAGCCUGCUUCUAUUAACCAAAGUUAAAAUGAAUAAGUAAAUAAAAGUAUUUCCCAAAGGGGAAAAGGAAGUUUCCCAAGGUGUCUUGGGAACCUGCAGAUGGGAGGUAGAAACAAGGGAGGAGGCUUAUCCACCCCACCUCACCCCACCCGUGAUCAGCCAUGAUCUAAUGGGAAGAUUAAACCCAAUAAAGGGAGAAGUCUGAAUAUUUGGGCAGAUUAUAGGCAAGGGUGGUCUUAGUGUAAAUUAAAAACAGAAAUUCAAACUAGGGUUUCUGAUUCCUUAAGAAAUUAUCAUUGUUGAUAACAAUGGAUUCAGCAACAGCUCCUCUUUCUCCUUAUCCCUCUUUCUUAUUCUUACCCCUUGCUCUUGUUUAUUGCCUUUUGAAACUCCCUCCCCUCCAGUCCAAAAAAAAACCCCUAGUUCAGAACAGUCGAAAGUCUUCAAAUGUAUUUCAACCAAAUAUAAAUUUUCCAUGUUGCACUGGAGACUUGCAGUUCCCAAUUGAAUCUUGGGAAGUUUCAUUCACAGGUUUUGUUUUUAUUUCACACACUUCCUGUUUUCAUGAAUUUCUUUUUGUUUUUCGGUUAAGGGGGGCCUGGACUAGCAUCAGGUCAUACGAUAUGUGUCAUAAUCGGAAUAUAUUUCAUGUGUGGUCAAGGCAGAUAUAAUACGACAGAGUAAAUGGCAUUUCCCUGAAAAGUAGAAAUGACCCUUGGAAGAGGAGGGACCAAUUUUGCAUUAUUAUUAUUAUUAUUAUUAUUAUUAUUAUUAUUAUUAUUUGCAUCUUAAGAAAAUAGCUUGAAAAUAAUGCUUUCUCUGAAUUAUGAUGCUCAUGAGAAAAAUUCCAAAAUGGUUUUCUCCUAACGAUCAGUUCUUAUCUGAUAAACAAAUCCUACAGUUUUUGUACAUCGAUGUUGGGAAAAAAAGCUAAAACAAGGCUUGUGACUGAAAAACAACUUAAUUUAUUUCCGUGGCAAAUUGAUUUGCAUAAAUGGUGCCUUUCUUUCCCUUCUUUCUCCCCGCUGCUGUUCUGGUAUUAUGUGCCACUUAGCUUUCAAGUCGUCUCCAAGUGAUAGGAUUUCUAGAAAAGCAAAAGAAAAUAUUGUAUAGCCUCCUCAGCAUGGCCACUGGAGGGCAGCAGGUGGAAAUAUAUAUAUAUUAUUUCCACUGUAGGGAAUCUGAGAUUUAUGGACCCCCAUUUGUAGUAUCCAGUUUGACCUGAAAUGUGAGAGAGACAGAGAGAGAAAGAGAGAGAAAAAAACACUCAGGGCUAAAAAAAUAAUAAUGAAAAAAAUAACUCGUAACUCAAUAAAUGUGCAGGCCUAUAUGUGUAAUACACCUUUUCACACUCUAAACAUAUGAACUGGAUUCGUAUGUUGAGCUUUUAACAACUAAUGUGUGUCUUUACUUUCUAGGACUGGUGGUCCAUUAUUAAAUGUAUAGGGUGGUAGUAUCCCCAAAUCUGUCUUGCCAGAAAAGUGUCACAACUUCUUUGUGCCAUAGGCUGGGCUGAGUUAUCUUGAAAUAACCCCUUGACUUGCAAAAAAAAGAAAGAAACCUGGGGAUGGAUCUAGUUUGAGGAAGUGGGCAAUUAGUUUGUGUAAUAAAAAUAUCUGUUUCUCUUGAGAGAAUGGAGUUGAUUGUGGAGCAGUUUCUGCGAACAGCGAUGCUGAUUACUAACCAGUUUGGGGGAAUGUCUCAGGGACUCCGUACAGAAAUAAGAGCAGGUUAAAAAGUAUUUUUAAGCAAGUAAAUUUUGCAGAAAUACCGAAUAUCAUCCAGGUGCGAGCACUAGAAGGAAAAAGCCAUGUUUUAUUUUUGCA